AACUGAGUUACUGAGACACUAGAAACAUGUCUCAGCUGUCUAACCUCUAUCUCUUUGCUUACAAUUCUCUUCAGGCUUUCGGAUGGGUAAUCUCUCUCUUUAGGGUUUUGAGCAGCUUCGCCUCAACCAAGUCCUUUCAAGGAGCAUACGCUUCUGCCGGAGAUCUUAUUUGUUUGCUGCAAACUGUUUCGUUCCUGGAAGUUCUACAUGGUGCCAUUGGUCUUGUUCCCAGUGGGGUGCUGCUUCCUCUGAUGCAAUGGGGAGGGAGGACUCAUUUCCUGUUGGCAAUUGUUAGUCAAAUUGUUGAGGUUCAGGAUCUCCCAUCAGUUUUCAUUACGUUUCUAGCAUGGAGUCUAGGUGAGAUAAUCAGGUACUCACAUUAUGCUUUGAAUUGUGUGGGAAUUUGUCCAUCUUGGGUUAUCCACAUUAGGUACACUGCAUUCAUUGUGUUGUAUCCUGUUGGUGUGGCUCUUGGAGAAAUGUGGCUUAUGUAUGAUGCACUUCCAUUUAUAAAGAAAAACAACCUCUAUGCGGACUUCUUUUCCAGCUUCCACUUUAGCUAUUAUUCUUUUGUCAAGGUUCUGCUUGUAUGCUACCCAUUUCUGUGGUUGAAACUGUACUUGCAUUUGUUUAAGCAACGGCGAUCAAAACUGGGGAAACUCCAUAGGAAGAAGAAAAAUUGAAGGUUUGGACAGAGGUUCUUUCAGUUGUACAUGUUGAUUAACUGUCAAUGACUCAAUGGUGGCCAAACUUAUGAAACCUGUUAAAUAGUUAGAUUGAAUAUUUAUGGCCCUAUUAUGAUCAUAUUGUUCUCAUUUGUGUUCCUUCUCAGUGGAUCUUGAGUUGAACCUUGUAAAGACAGUUUCAUUUUACAGAGGUUUGGCUUGGGAAGGGCUCAAGCAUUUCACUGCUUCA